AUGAUUACACACAAUCCAUCCAUCGCCGUCUUACCUGAGCUUCAGCGCUGCCAAGCCAGCGCUGUAUCAGUCGCGAGACACACGUCGCAGAACUUCCAACAUUCAGCGCUCCAUGAAACUGCAAGGCUGCUGUUCUUCAGCACGACCUCGGCGAAACAUACAAAGGCAAAAAAUCUAAUUGACAGGCGCGCUAAGAUCUUCGAAUCGAAUUCUCCGAACGGCAGUCAGCAAGCUCAAGGUGCAAUCGAGGUCGAAGGCCAUACAUAUGACGAGUGUUUAGACGGCAUCCUCAGCAGGAAGCCGGGACUGGGAAAAUAA